AUGCCAUAUGAUCGGCUUUCUGAACAUGGUGACGUAUUGCACGACUAUCAUGCCGAAGUGCUUGUUCGACGAGGUGUCCGUUCGUGGCUUCUUGAGCGGCUCAUCAAAGAGCAACAGGCACCGAUCGAUUGCGGCGUAGUGGAUGAACUUCCGCGCCUCCUUGUCCCCACAGAAUGGCAUGAAAACAAGCCUUCUCGCUGGAAACUUGCAUCAGACUUUCGUUUGUCUUGGUAUGUGUCUAUGCUACCAUGUGGUGAAGCAUCGUCCUCGGCUCUUCGCGCGCGCCAUACAAUGGAAGAUGGACAUGCACCAGAGCCUGUGCGGUACUCAUCUUCUGCAUCUGCAGUUCUACGCGGGCGCACUAUGUCGCAACUGUCAACUUCAGCUUGCAUACUUAGGACUAAGCCUGGACGUCCAGAUGCACCCCCGAGCAUAAGUAUGUCAUGCUCCGACAAGCUCAUGCUCUGGAGCGCCCUAGGCAUCCAAGGAGCUUUGUUGUCGCGGUGGAUCGAGCCUGUUUUUAUCAAUCAAAUCGUUGUGAGCUUUGACCCGUUUCUCUGUCCGGGUCUCACUGCAUCCGAAUGUUGCGCAUCCUGUUUGUCUGCUAUAUCUGAGCGACUUGAGAAUGAGGUAGUGCAUCGUCCGAACGUGUUGACUUCAUCGCUCAUGUUUCCCCAUGCGCGAGAAUGCGUUGAAAGACAGGUUCUAAAGGAAACUCACCUAUCUAAAGGCACUUCUGCAUGGCAAGAUAUCGAACCAGUACCCAGUGCCGCCUCCGUGCUUUGGAUUCGCGGACGGCCGUUGGAGAAACUAUUAGGCGGUAUCAAAAUGGGUGCAUCUCUGCGAAGACGUGGAAAUACGCCCCUUCCUUUAUCCACCUUGUCUUCAGUAUGCCAGCGUGCUUGGUACAUGCAAUAUCUUAACGCGUGUAAAGUCCUAUCAAAUGAUGAUACUUGCUCUUACCUCGCGUAUUACGACCAAAAGCAUGCAUCCAACAACGCAUCAACAGUUGCGUAUUCAGAGCGUAAAAAUAUGCUUUUGGGAUACAGCUCCUCUUCUGCGAAGCUUUAUCGGUUCCUUGACAUGCGCUAUUCGAUGGAUGAUCCUGUUUUACCUCCGUCGUCUUCGGCGCCCUUGUCGGCUUGGAUUCGAACGCCUCGAGCCUUGCAAGACUUCAGGGUGGAGAAAGGCUGA